AUGGCUUAUUCUUCUUCUCUUUUUCCUUCUCCAUUUUUCUCAACCGAUUCUUCUUUAUUUGAAGUGGAGGUAACUCGAGACGAGUUUCAUUCUUUCCACAAAAUCGAUAGAGACUUGUUCACUCGCCUCGUCUUUGUUCUAAAACGAGACAUGAACCAAUCGUCUCAAGUGAUUGCGUUUCUCCUCGUGGUCGAGCAACUUCGCUUUGCACGCAACUUGGUCGCGUAUCUUGUCUCAUCACAAGACAUGUUAAUCGACGCGGUGGCCAAUGAAGUCGGUGUGUGUCUAAGUAUCUUAUACAACCAAGACUACUCAAGCUUCUUCCUCCUUAACCACAACAACAAUGAUGAGGUGGUUAUUCCUUUUCUCAAAGGUCUAACUGACAGUAAUCUCACACUCAGUUACAUCAACCAGUACCGCGAAACUAUUCUCGUUGGAGUGACAAAGAAUUUGAACGAUGUCUGCAACCGAGCUUUCGAUGAUAUAUACGAGAAGGGCUACAAAGAGCAACUGUUGGCGAUAGAGAGGGCAAAACUCAUUGAGGAGAUGAAGAAGAUCCGGUUGGGUGCUCAACAACAAACCCCUACUAGGUUGAGUGUUCAACACCAAACCCCUAGCUGGUGGAAUGUUCAACAACAGAUCUCUCGUAGGUCGAGUGUUCAACAACGAACCUCUAUUAGAUCGAGUGUUCGACGAUCAACCCCUAUAAAGGUGAGUGCUCCACAAGAAUGGGUUCCUGCUCCAGAUGUUGAAAAAAAAGCAAAGGCGGUCGUGAUGGAGACAGAGGGGGCGGACAUCAAGGAGGACGAGGAAGAGGUGACGCCGGCAGAUGAUAGGACGGUGAUUCUAAAGUUUUCCAAAGGAUAUCCAAUUUCUGAAUCGGAGGUUAGGGUUCACUUCACGAGGGAGUUUGGAGAAGUGAUAGAAGCCAUUGUGAUGCAAGAAGUGCAAGAGAAUGAGCAGCCCUUGUUUGCGAGGAUGGUGUUGAAGAUGGAAUAUGCGUCGAAGAUUGAAGAGAUCGUGACUCCAAUGAACAAAAACAUGUUCACUAUUGAUGGAAAACAUGUUUGGGUUCACAAGUUCUUCGCUGCGCCCUCCUCCUCGCAUGUUUGA